AUGACUGGACGCGGCAAAGGUGGCAAGGGUCUCGGAAAGGGAGGUGCCAAGCGUCAUCGCAAGAUUCUUCGUGACAACAUUCAGGGUAUCACCAAGCCCGCUAUCCGACGUCUCGCUCGUCGUGGUGGUGUCAAGCGUAUCUCUGCUAUGAUCUACGAAGAGACUCGCGGUGUCCUCAAGUCUUUCCUCGAAGGUGUCAUCCGAGAUGCUGUUACAUACACUGAGCACGCCAAGCGCAAGACCGUCACAUCUCUCGAUGUCGUUUACGCCUUGAAGCGACAGGGCCGUACCCUCUACGGUUUCGGUGGUUAA